UAAUGGCAAGUGGGCAGUUCAAUGUCGAAUGCUUGUGAAAUUGUUGUAUUUUGAAUUAUUGUAUUAUGUUUGUUUUAGUUAAAGAUGAAGAGAAAUUUGUGUUGUUACCCGUCAAGAAAUUUUACACAGUAGGACGACUUUCGACUGAUUUGGUACUCAAGGACGACCUUAGUAUAAGCCGCACCCAUGUUCGGCUCCAUCUACCCCAAACGGGGACGGAUCAGGAGCUAAGAAUAGAGGAUCUUGGCUCUAAAUAUGGGACAUUCCUAAACGCUGACAUUGCCAAAAACAAAAAAAUGGAAGCCAAGGUUCUAGUGCCGGUUAAAGUGGGAUCAUCAGUUCGGUUCGGAGCCAUGUCCAGUGUCUGGAAUGUUACCCAGUUAAAUCUGGUAACGGCCACAUCGUCACUAACGCGUUCCCAAAUACAAGAACUUGAGCAAUUGCUUAUGCCUUUGGGCGGGUCUGUGGUUCAAAACUGGACAGAUCAAUGCAAUUACUUGACCAUGAAUGACGCUUCAGUCACAUUAAAGCUUCUGCACGCUCUGCUAGAUCAUACACUAAUUGUCACAUGCUCGUUUUGGCGUGAUCUGCUUGAAGCUGCUCGACGCGUUCAUGUCACAGAUGGAUGGCCCCAACCGCAGGACUAUCAGCCAACCAAUCUAGAUGUUAAGUGGCGUCCAGAACGAACCAAAUUGUUUGAAGGCAAAACAUUUGUCUUUAUGAACCGCAAACACUUUGAUAUGUACGGUUUAGUGGUGCAAAAGGCCGGCGGUGCCUGCAAGGAUCUCAUCUCUGGUGUACGCAAAACUUUUUUAACGAAAAAGGAUGUGAUUGUCAUCCAAUAUGUGCCAUCGACUCAAUCACAGGCCACAGAGACUAUUAACAGUAUCCAGGAAAUUUUGGAACAGGCCGGUUUACGUAUAAUCCAAGAAUACGAAAUCGGCAUGGCCCUGAUAAAUUGCUCAACCAAGGAGUUUUGCAAUCCAGCUCAGAGUCUUGUUUUCGAUUCCAUGCCCACAACGGAAUCCAUGACCUCAUCUCUGGCAGCCAAUUCAUCGAUUAUUGUACCCAAUACCGAACAGGCUCAGGGAUCUAAAUGUAACGUAAAAAAAGCCACAGUCGAAGUGGUGAUCUCGGACUCGGAUGACGAUGGUAACAAUCCAGAAUCAAAGUCAAAACGACCUAAGAGAAUCACAGCCACAAGUACACAGAAGGCUGUGCUCAAACGUAAUCCAUCACAGUUUGUGAGUUCAUCCGACGAAGAUGAGCCCAAAAAACAGACGUCACAAAUGACGAGAAAACGAAAGAUCUCGGAUAACUGUGCUAGUUUGGUGAAUUCCCCUGACGAGGAUAAAAAUGUUAGCAAACCUAAAAAGCAAAAAUCAAAUAAUAUUAUGUUUGUUGAUUCCUCUUCGGAUAAUGAUGAUACUGAUGACGAAAGGAAGAUGAAAUCAGUGCCACCUCCUAAAAAGACACAAAAAACUAAAGCAAAUGAGCCAGCUCUAGCAGAGAAUUCAGAGAAAAAACGAAAGAUUGCCCCUGCCCAGCCAAGACGUUCCCCUCGUUCUGUGAAGGCAACAACAACGGAGCCGGAGAAACAACUUAACUUAAUAGCGGCACAAGAGCCGAAUGAAAGUCAUAGUGAUGAGGAGAACCUUUUCCAAUUUAAAACCACAAAAACAAAUAAUUUUCCUGCUGUAAAAGAAAAGCCCGUCGAGCAACCACCACCUCGUAUUAGUGUCCGUAACUUUUUGGAAAAGUCUCAGAAUCGUUCGGUCGUCGAGUCUUCUGAGCGUCAUCGUCAGGCCCAACCAGCUUCACAAUCAGAGUCGCGCAAGCGCCUACGUUUAGAGCUCUUAAAUGAAAGCGACAGUGGCAAUGAAGACAAUUUAUUUGACUUUGGUGAAAGCAAGAAACAGAAGCGAAAUUUAAUGCUAAAUGUUAGUGGAGAAGAUUCCAAUGACGAUGGGCUCUUUAAUUUUCAAACUAAAGCUAGACCCGAUCAGAGCAGCUAUGAUAAACAAGGAGAUCAGGAUUCCAUAUGCACCGAACCAUUUUUACCCAAUGCAAAAGUCGAGGUGAAGAAAUCAAAGUAUGUAGUGCCCCAGCCACAGCUAAAGUCACGUGAAGUCAAUGUCAGUGGCUGGUUAUCGUGUGGCGGGCCACACGGUAAGCUCAAGCUUGAACCAAAUCAAAGCCUUGAAGGUAAAUCACUUCCAGAUACUUUACUUAAAGUAAAGCACGAGAUUGGAAUGGGUGUAAAGGAAGAAAUGAUCGAUGAUACUACAGAGGCAUGGGUUCUCUCGAUGAAGGAUAGCAUUCAGGUGCAAAUGUGUAGCUUAAAUAUCAGCUCACGUUUACCUGAAGGGGUGGAUGCCACUGCCAAUGAAGUUUCUACAAUCGACAAGUACACUGGCCGCAAAAACUUUAAGAAAUUUGUUAGGAAAACCAAUCUGCAUCCACAGAAGCGUAUUUUGGAAAUGAAGCGACUGCAAUUGGCCGACGGCAUGGUGGCUCCCGUCUAACACGGAUAAUUUUCAACAAUUUUUUUUUCAUUUUUCUUUAAUGUUUUAUGUUUUUUAUUUUGCUGCUAAUAAACUUACGAAAAAUGGUUAAA